CAUUCUAAAUGUCAAAAGAAGGGAAUUAAAAAAUAUAUUUGGCGCGAGUUUCUUCCCGAUAAAUUUGGUGGGGAGUUUGACCAAAAUGUCUAAAACAACAAACAAGUGCCAGCUUCAAAUUCUGUUGAGUUUGAUGGAAGCCCAACGCGAUAUUGCUUGUGGCUUCCAGAAAGGAAGCAAGGAGGAGGUGUUACUGUUUUGGCAUGCGGCUGAAAAUGCUUUAAAUGCAUCUGGGCCACCAAGCAAAAACAUAUCGGAAUGGAAAAAGGUGUGGUGUGACCAGAAAAAAUAUGUUAGAGCUAAGGCUGCUACAAACCUUAAGGCCAGAAAUGGUACUGGCGGUGGGCCAAACAAAGAACAAAAACUUUCCGACUAUGAACAGGCUGUCUACGACUUAAUUGGGAUGAAAGAGUCAAUAGAAGGUGUAACAGCAAAAACUUUUGGCCUGGAAACAAAAAAGGUAAACAAAGAAAAUGUUCAACCUCCGGAAAACGAACCUGUAGUUGAAGGAUACCUCCAGGAAUUAGUUAUUGAAGCCCUAUAUGACGAACCAGAAUCAACACCAGUAAAUACAACGCAAAGGGGUUACCCUCGUCCGAGUACAAGUAGUACAAAGAAAAGGACUGCCUCAGAAGCUUUUGAUGAGGAACUUAACAGAGUAGAAUAG